CCCGCUGCAUGUGGGCACUGCGGGCCGCCGUCCGCCCGCUGCUCCCGCGCACCCGCGCGUGCCGCGGCCUCCCUACCCCUAGGGCCGCGCCGCCGCAGCCCCGCCACUCACGCGCGCUCGCCGCCUUCCGGCCAUGGGGCCCAGGGGGGUCCGGGAGCGAGAGAUGGGGCUCGAGGACAGAGGCCCCGAAAUGCCCCGCGGGAGAGGACGAGGGGGAUCCCGAAGGUGCGGAGGAAGAGGAGGAAGAGCUGCUGAGGAGAGACCCUCUGUUGCCUUCAGGGACCCAGCGCGUGUGCUUAGUGCACCCCGACGUCAAGAGGGGAGCGGGGAAGCCGCAGCUGACUAGAGCUGAGUGGCAGGUGGCGGAGGCGGCGGCAUUGGUGCGCUCGCUGGAUGGCUGGUCUGUGGUGCUGACCCUGGUUGUGCCCACCAAGACCCCUGAGCGGAAGCUCGUCUUUGGCAGAGGGAACUUGGAGCGCCUUACAGAGACAAUCAGGGGCGCUGCUGACAUCACCUGCGUGUUCCUGAACCUGGAGCGGAUGGCUGCGCCUACCAAGAAAGAGCUAGAAGCCGCCUGGGGCGUCCAGGUGUUCGACCGAUUCACCAUUGUGCUACACAUUUUCCGUGCCCAUGCCCGCACCCGUGAGGCCCGGCUUCAGGUGGCGCUGGCGGAGCUCCCGCUGCUCAGGUCCGGCCUGAAAAGUGACAUCGCUCAAUGGGACCGCCAGAGAGGGGGCUCCCGCUAUAUCCUGGGAUCAGGUGAGUCCGCCCGGCAGAUGCGGCAGCGAGAACUUCGGGAGAAGGAGGCUGGGAUCAGGAAGGCCCUGGAGCGGCUGCGGAGGAAGAGGCAGCUCCUGCGGCAGCAGCGGGCUCGGCGGGAGCUUCCUGUGGUCUCCGUGGUGGGCUACACGAACUGUGGCAAAACCACCCUGAUCCGGGCCCUGACGGGUGACCCAGCCAUGCAGCCGCAGGACCGGCUCUUCGCCACGCUGGAUGUCACAGUCCACGCUGGAUGGCUGCCCUCGCACCUGCCCGUGCUCUACGUGGACACCGUGGGCUUCCUGUCCCAGCUGCCCCACGGCCUGCUCGAGUCCUUCAAGGCCACCCUGGAGGAUGUGGCCCACUCCGAUCUCAUUGUGCAUGUGAGAGAUGUCAGCCACCCUGAGACGGAGCUGCAGAAAGCCAGUGUCCUGUCAGCCCUGCAGGGCCUGCACCUGCCGAGCUCACUGCUGGACUCCAUGCUGGAGGUGCACAACAAGGUGGACCUGGUGCCAGGGUACAGCCCCUCAGGGCCCAGUGCCAUGGCUGUGUCUGCACUCCUCGGGCAUGGGCUGGAGGAGCUGAAGGCCAGACUGGAAGCAGCCAUUUUGCGAGCCACGGGGAGACACGUGGUCACACUCCGCGUCGGAUUGCAGGGAGCCCAGCUCAGCUGGCUGCACUGUGAAGCCACCGUGCAGCAGGUGCACGUGGUCCCAGGGGCACAGGCAGCGGAUGUUGACGUGAUCAUCAGCGACUCUGCACACCGCAGGUUCCGGAAGUUGUUUCCAGAGUGAUGGCACCAGGUGCAGCCGUUCCAGAACAUAUUUUGCUGUGGGGGCGGGAGGAUGGGGCCAGAGCGCAUGUGGUCGUCACUCGGGUGGCUUCUAUGUCCUACCCCUCUACCUCCGCUAACCUUGCAGAUCUGCGCACCCCCACUACAUACAUGUCUGUGACAAGCUAUUAAAGGUACAGUUGUGGCU